AUGGGAAACGUUCCAGGAGCCGUAAGAUUCACUGAAAAUGACAAGCUUUACUUGCUCAAAAUAGUAAAGAAUGUUCUACCAUCUGGAGCUGAUGAAUGGAACGAAGUGUGCCAAAUGUACAUGACAGGAAAAAAGAAGCAGGUCGCAGAAGAGAAUGAGGCCAUCAGAUUAAGUACUGGAAAGAAAGGAGUCAAGACCGCUUGUGAGCGUACUAUUACGUCUUUGAGGACCGUAUACAAGUCUUUGAAAGCAAUGAAGGGACCCACAGGAAGCCCCGUCUUGACCGAAACCGUCAGAAUCGCAAGGGAACUUGAGGAGCUCAUAACCAUCAAAACUUCCCAAUUGGAAUGUGGAGCUGAUGAAAGUCCAGUGCAGAACAAUGCGAAUCCUGUGGAAGCUGUCCCUGGUGCUAAUGGCUUUUGGUCAAUUGAUGAAUUAGCUGAGGAGAGCGCCAAGGCGUGCGAUCAAGAUGCACCAUCUCCUCGUUCGGUUGCAAGAACUGUCCCAAUGCCAAGAAAGUCCAGGGGGGCACACCAAUAUAUGGAGGACUUCAAUAGUAAUUUUGGUGUCCUGGCAAGUGCCAUUGCUUCGUCUCUUGGUAUGAACGAUAUCAAUCUGGAGAUGAUUGACAACCGUCUUGGGGGUGUUGACAAUGCCUUGGAAGAUGUUAACGUUCGACUGGAGGCGGUCAAAAAUGAUAUGAAGAAUGAGCUGAACGAUGUCAAGAAGGAGUUCAGCGAGUUGAAGGAGGCGAUGAUGACGUUGUUUGAUUACAUCAAAACAUCAGUGGCCAAGGAACCCUCUCCUACUUCUUCUGAAAAGGGUAAAAAAGUCGUUUCAAAUAAGCAUAAAAGAGCACAAUAA